AUGUUUGUGCCGCGCAAGCUGCAGAAGCGCACGCACCCCGGUCGCGCCCAGCCGCGCACUGGCGAGCACGAUCAAGAUGCCUGCGCCCCGCAGACGCACGAGACUCCAGCGGGACCCAGCCUCGCUGUGGACGCGGGCAAGCUCGAGCGGCUGGUGGAGUUCCUGCACACUGUGCUGAGUCCGCUGCACGUCGCACUCGCUGCGCGGGACGAGGAGCGCACGCAUCCAGCUAGCACACCGUGGUCGGACCUAGCUGCGGCCAUUGCGGCGCGUGGCUCGGGCAUCCAUCUGGCGCGGCUGCUUCAGCUGGUCCCCGGGCUCGCGACACGGUGCAAAUCCAUCAGCCUGCUCGAGGCAGCACUGACUACGUGGCAGGCUGGCGCGGCGGCAGGGUGGUUCAGCCUGGAAGCGUUCCGAAUCACAUGGUCCGAUGGCUACGCCGACAUCGUCAGGCACCUCGUCGCAGCGAAAGAAAUAGCAGAGGCACUCGGUCCCCGGCUGGCAUAUAUCGAGUGUAUCCCGCCAGCGGUGCGGACUCGAGCACAGGCGACAGAGUACGUCGCGCGGCUGCUCAAAGCCGGCGCGGGCGGUGGGGUGUUUGGUGUGCUGGAACCAGCGGUGGUGCAGCACGCACUCAUGGCGGACAAGACGGUCGAGUUGGGAGCAAGGUGGGUGUCGGGUCGUGGAUUCUUUGUGCUCGACGCGCGUCGUGUAGAGCAUCUCUGCGAUACCCAUCCCUGGGACUUGGCGCAAAGAGUUCACAGAGAAGAGCCGGUGCGGUGUUUGUCGUGGCCGCAGUGGGAGCGGUUGCACGCGAUGUACACGGCGCAUCAGCUUGCACAACGGCCAGCCGCACCCAGUGUCAAGAUGGAGCACAAGUGGUGGCGCGGAACCAUGCUGCUGCUUUGCCUGCCAUUUCGCGAGGGGUCUCUUCACGUUCCCGAGGGUGGGGAUCGGACGGUGGGGUUUUGGAAUCGUCAUCUGAAGCCGCAGCUCGAACGAGGCGUGCCCGAGUCGAUUGCAUACAUGCACAUGCACCAAGACGGCGUGGCGAUCCGCACCGCCCAUCCUGUCUACGCCACGCAGCUACUGGCCCACUUCGCCCAGCUCGACCGCAUGCCACCCCGCGAUGAAGACGACCUGUGGUGCCAACUCCCCGCCAAAGUUCAGACCGCCGCGCACACACGGCUGCUCACCCUCGAUCGCAAACUCAUCUAG